AUGACUGGAGGUGGUGACCUAACUGUUCCUCAAGUUGGCAUGAAAAAGAUAAUAUUGGACCGCAACCAAGAAGCAGAUCAGAAAUUUAAUCACCAUAAGGCUGCGCCACCAGUUUCAUCAGCAGCUGAGGGUGAGAGCAUUAGACGCCCCCGUGGCAGGCCAGCCGGCUCUAAAAAUAAGCCAAAGCCACCCAUUAUUGUCACUAGAGACAGUGCAAAUGCCCUCAGGGCUCAUACCAUGGAAGUGAGCUCAGGCUGUGAUGUGGGCGAGAGUCUAGUGAACUUUGCUAGAAGAAAGCUAAGAGGCAUUUGUGUCCUUGCUGGAACUGGGUUUGUAACCAACGUUACCCUACGGCAACCUGCCUCGCAGGGGGGUGUUGUGACCCUCCAUGGCCGGUUCGAGAUUCUGUCGUUGCUUGGAUCAAUCUUGCCCCCACCAGCCCCACCAGGAAUCACAGGUUUAACCAUUUACUUGGCAGGGGGUCAGGGGCAGGUGGUUGGUGGUGGUGUUGUCGGUGCACUCAUUGCUUCAGGCCCUGUUGUGAUCAUGGCUGCAUCUUUCAUGAAUGCAACUUUUGAUCGUUUGCCAUUGGCUGAUGAUGAUAUUAUUGCCGCAGCUGUGCAGAAUCAGCAUUAUCAGAAUGGUCGUCACCACCAUCUUGACAUUUCAGAUUUAUGUGGGAUGCCCCAGAACUUGCUCACUAAUGGCACUGUGCCUCAUGAGAUACAUAGUUGGGCUCCAGGACGAACCAUGUCAAAAUCCUGA